CCCUUUCCCCCUGCCUCAGUUAAAAUCAUCAUCAAGAGCAAAAAAAGAGAAACAUUCCUUCACGAAUGUCAAAAAGCUUGUAGAGAAAAACAAACAGUUUACGUGUUAAAUUUCAUACAAAGUUUAAAAUAACAAACAUUUAUUAAUGUAUUAAAUAAAUAUUACAAAGAAAAAAAUAUUAAGUAAUUUAAUAAUCAAAAAUUUAAUCUAUUUUUGACAAUGAAGAUAGGUUGAUUUAUAUUUUUACUCCAAUAUAAUCAUCAUAUUAAUAAUAACUAUAAAUAAAAUAUAAAAAGAUGCCUUUCAAAUUUCACUUGAAGAAGAGUCGUCAGUACAAUGUUGUAUCAAAAAAUCAGUAUGUUAUUUGUGUUGAACUAUUGGAUCAAACAUCAAUUGAGUGUACAUUGAGUGUUGAAAGUCUGGGUAAAGAAUGUUUGGACAGUGUGAUACAAAGACUUGGUCUUGAUCAACCAGAAUUUUUUGGUCUUCAAUAUGUUUGUCGACAUGGUGAAAAUAUUGUUCGUUGGGUUGAUUUUGAAAAACCAUUAAAACGUCAAUUGGAAAAAGAAGCUAAAAGUUUUCAUCUUUAUUUAAGAGUCAUGUUUUACAUCACUGAUGUUCAACUUAUUCAUGAAGAAAUGACAAGGUAUCAUUAUUAUUUACAAUUGAAGAGUGAUGUACUUGAAGGUAAAACACAAUGCAAUGAUAGACAAGCAGCUCGUUUAGCAGCAUAUUCAAUGCAAGCUGAAUUUGGUAAUUUUGAUCCUGUUAAACAUACACUAGAGACUCUACAACAAUACAUCUUAUUUCCAAAAGAUGUCAUUGAAAUUGAGCCUGGAUCAAAAAGUAAUCUUCUUCAUUCAGCAAUAUAUCAGUAUAGAACUUUACAAGGUGUUACACAAACUGCUGCUGAGGAACUUUACAUUACUGUUGGUAUGCAACUUGAGGGAUAUGGUUACGAGACAUUUAAUGCUAAAGACUAUAGUGGUAAUGAAGUUGUACUUGGUAUUUCAAUAAAUGGUAUUAUGGUUGUAUCAUCAACUGAACAACCAACACAAUUUUAUACAUGGACAGACAUUCGUAAUGUUACUCAUGAUAAAAAAAAAUUUAAAAUAAAGUGUUCGUCAGUUAAUGAUGAAACUAAACGAUUUAUUUUUGAUGAAUCAAAAAAUGCCACGUACAUGUGGAGGCUUUGUAUUGCUCAGCAUACAUUUUACAUGCAAUUUCAAGAUACAAGUCUUUGUGAAAGACUAACAACUUAUUUUGACAGUGAUACAAAUGACUCGAGUGAACCAACAACAUCAGUUAAUCUUGAAAAUAGAAAUCAAGAUUGCAAUUGGACAAGUUGCAAUGAUUUAUCAUCAUCACCAUAUCCACCAGCAACCACACUAUCAGCAGCUGAAAUGGAAAAUUUACGAGCACUACUUCCAUCAUAUAGACCAGCACCAGAUUACGAAACAGCUGUACAAAUGAAAUACAAUGAAUGUAUUAAUGAAGAACCGCAGCCUUAUUAUGCAAAUCAAUCAACAAUUGAAGAUGCUGAAUUAAAUGGCCUUCUUGGUAAUGCCACCAAUCAAAAUAGAUAUUAAAAUAAAUAUUAAACAAAAAAAAAAAAAUAUUUUAUAAAU